AAUCACUCCUCGUUGUAUAGAUUACAAGUUAUUAUUAAUAUAUUUAUAUAUACGUAUGGGCCCACUGACAGCAGAAACUGUCUGUUGGGGUUGGGGUUGGGGAGAUUAUUGAGGGAAACCAACUGUUGAUAGAUAAGAAGAGUGAAGAAGGGAGCAAAAGCAGAAGCCAGGGAGGGAAAGAAGGAAUGGCAGGUGAGGAGGUGAAGAACGUGGAAGCGGCAGAGCCAGAGAAGGUGGAAGCGGCAGAGCCAGAGAAGGCGGCUGUGGAAGUAGAACCCAAGAAGGAAGUUCAAGUUCCUGAGGAGAAGAAGGAGAAGGAGGAGGAGAAAGCCGUAGCUGUAGCAGCUGCAGCUCCAGUUCCUGAUGAGAAGGCUAUGGUAGUUUCUGAAAAAACUUCAGGUGCCCUAGUGAAGAAGACAUCAACUGAUAGAGAUCUCGCUCUUGCAGAAGUUGAACGGGAGAAGAAGGCAUCGUUCAUCAAGGCAUGGGAAGACAGCGAGAAAGCAAAAGCUGAGAACAAGGCCCAGAAGAAGCUUGCUGUUAUUUCUUCCUGGGAGAACAGCAAGAAGGCUGCCGAGGAGGCUGAAUUAAGAAAAAUUGAGGAGAAACUGGAGAAGAAGAAGGCAGAGUAUGGGGAGACGAUGAAGAACAAGGUGGCUAUACUCCACAAGCAAGCAGAGGAAAAGAGGGCAAUGAUCGAGGCUCGGCGUGGAGAAGAAGUCCUCAAAGCGGAAGAAAUGGCCGCAAAAUACCGUGCCAUAGGAUACAUGCCGAAGAAAUGCCUCGGGUGCUUCUGAAUGUCCUUUUACAUGUUUCCACGUGUACAUUUUUCCAUGAUACCUCAAAGCAUUCCGUGUGUACAUCUUGCGAAGAAACUGUCAUAUGAAAUGGGUUCAGUUUUAGUUCUGCCUUUGUAUGUUUGCAUGGCAAGAAACAAUUGUGACAAAUAACAAGUUCUUCAGAUGUCGUUAUGAGUUA